AAUAUGGGUUCAGCAUGCAUUAAAAAGCAACCUAAUACGUAAAGGUAAUAACAACAGCGAUAAAUUUAAUCUCGGCAAUCCUAAAGUACAAAUGUAUCCACACAUUAAAACACAUAACGUCAAGCUUCGGAAUCCCAAUAACCUUAAUAACAAACCAAUCAGAUACAUGUUAAAGAAAAUUCAUCUAAGCCAUAAAUAAACAGCGGAGUAAAUGUUGACAUUAAAUUAGUUCACUUCACCAAGAUCUGAUCUAAAUGAUAAGUCAAUAGCCAGCAAGAACGAACUAACAAAAGUUGAACCCUUGAAACAUCGAUUUCUCCAGCAGGAGUAGGAUAGCUAUUUUUUCAAAAAUAAUGAUGCCCCAGAUUCUGAUAUUGCAAUUUAAGUAAAAGAACCAGAUUUUACUAAUCCAAACGUAGCCAAAAUAUUUAAAUCUCUUCCUCCCUUUUAAUAUGAUCCUGACUUGAAUAAAAAAUUUAAGGAUUGCAUUUCUCUACCUCCUCAUGUAAUUAUUAUUACCAUAUAAACUAGUAAUUCAUUAGCACAGGCAUUAUAUAUGUAGGCCAAUGGAGAAAUAAACAAAAGCAUGGCAAGGGGCGCUAGUAUUGGCCAGAUGGCACCUAUUAUGAAGGCUAUUGGUAAAAUCACGGAGCCAAUGGCAAAGGAAGAUUGAUUCGUUCUGAUGGCUCAUAUUAUGUAUAGAUUACUUUAUUAAUAAAUCUAAGGAAGGAGAAUGGGUAGAUGAUUUACAAUGUGGAUUUGGCAAAUAUGUGGAUUGUGAAGGUAAUAUUUACGAAGGAGAGUGGUAAGAUGAUGAAAAGGAUGGUCAGGGAACAGAGAAAUGGGUAUCUGGAGAUACUUAUACAGGCCAAUAUUAAGGAGGUAUGAAGCAUGGAAAAGGAAAAUACCUUUGGUCUAAUGGAAACUGCUAUGAAGGAAGUUAUUUCAAAGAUUACAUUGACGGAUUCGGCACCUACUAAUGGCCAGACGGACAAGAAUACACUGGAGAGUGGUGGAAGAACCAAAUGAAUGGUAAAGGUACAUUUAUUUGGGCCAAUGGCAAUAAAUAUAUUGGUGAUUACAAAGAGGACAAAAAGGAAGGUUACGGAGUCUUUUCUUUCGCAGAUGGGAAAACCUAUAAAGGAGAAUGGCAUAAUGGUAAAUAGUAUGGAAAAGGAGUUUUAAUUGAAGCAAACGGAACAGAGAUUGUUGGUGUAUGGGAAAACGGUAAAUUAGUUUAAUAAGAUUGA